AUGACAUCCGACGAUUCUGAUGACGAGCCUUUAUCCGUAUUAGCGGCGGCGAAAAAAUUAAAUCCAGAAAAGUUUGUUGAACCCGUUGCCGAGGACUCCAGUGAAGUACCUCGAAAAAGAAAACGAAAAUCUUUAACACCGAAGAAACUAGGAAUCACGAUUAAUAUUAACCGCAAGCAAAGGACCUUAAAUCCGCCUCCAGUGAUAGAGCGACCGGCCGAUGUUUGGCUGUAUUUGAAAGAUUUGAACCCCUCUGGACCUUACAGUUGUUUGUUGUGUCCAGAUUGGUUCAUUAAUCGCUCUAAAAUGAUUUUGCAUUACGUGUUGAAUCAUAAAAAGGAUUUCUGUGGCAUUUGUAGAUAUUUUGUGCCAGAUAGAGAAGCUUGGUAUGAACAUGUCAAAUUUCAUGUACCUUGGCCUUGUUCACAAUGCGUUGCAAACUUUCCUAACCAAAUAACAUUACGUCAUCAUCUUAGCGCCGUUCACAAGCUUGUCCACUGUCGUCUUUGUCACUUUCGUGUCACUGAUGAUGAUCAAUAUAAUACACAUUUAUUUCAAAAACAUAAUGUGACGAAUGUACUCAGUAAAGAUGAAGAAGUUUUAUGGGACUUUGAUUAUGAAGGCACCACACAAUUUCUAUGUCUACUCUGUUCUAAAUCCAACAAUCUCAUUUCAACAUUUUUCAAGCAUUAUAUGGGCUAUCAUCAUUUUACUAUUAAAUGCUUGACUAGUAUUAUUUCUGGUAGAGAUCCACCAUUCACUAUUAAUGGUGCAGAUGUAAGUUCACACUUCAUUGAUGGGCAGUUACAAGGUCAAAUUCGGUAUGGCUAUGUUGAUUUGGGCAAGAGACCUUUUGAAAUUCUCCAUGCAUCAAAAGAUGGAAAUAAUGCUUAUAGUUACUUAAAAGCAGAAAUAAAAGUAGAAACAAAAAAAGACACAGACAAUAACAAGGAAGAUGAUACAAAGAAAGAUGGUAAAAUCAAAUAUGAAAAUAUUCAUAAAAAUUAUAAAGGUGAUGAAGAUUUUGAUGUUACCUUGACUGAACUCAUUGUACUAGAAAAAUGCUAUUUUGAUUAUGUUACUCGUACUUUAAACGACAUUAACUGCAAUCAAAUGCCUGAGAAUUCUGUCAUACCAUAUGAAGAUGGCAAAUCUGAUAUUAUUAUGGAUGUAGACUGUCCAUUAUGUAAAUCGAAGUAUGAAAAUGCUCAAGCUUUUACCAUGCACAUGAACAAAAUGCAUUGUGUAAAGUUAGUGCCUUUGUAUUCAUGCAGAGUAUGUGCUACAACAUUUGACACUCAAAGUGAACUGGACACUCAUACAUCCAUGGAACUGGGUGAUUUUGAUGACUUAUGGAUCUGUCAGUUUUGUGACAAAGAGUUUGAUAAUAGGGAAGCUACAAGGAAACACCUAACAGAGCACUGGGACAUAAUGGAGUAUGACAAUUGUUUCAGCCCACACUUGGGUUUCAAAUGUAAAUAUUGUCCUACAUUGUUUUGGAAUGAAACAGAUCGUGAACAACACCAAGUGAGAACACAUUUUAUAAACUAUACAGACCAAUUCUAUAAAUGUGAGAGUUGUUCUGAGACUUUCAGUGACAAGGUGUGGUUUAUACAUCACCAUUUAGAGAAACAUUUUGAAGACAAAAUAACUACUUACUUAUUGAAGUGUUGCCUGUGUUGCAUAAUUUUACCAAAUGUGGAAGCAAUGAGGAAUCAUUUCCAAGACGAGCAUCCUGAAGCUCAGAAGGUGUAUUGCUCAUUGGAUUCGUGUCAAUACAAGCCCCUUAGUCAUAGGAAAUCAUUUAAGCUGCAUGUUAAGACAGUCCACAAUCCCUCCGUGCGCGCGAAGAAGGCAGUUAAUUGCACAGUGUGCGGCCGUGAUUUCAAUACCUCGCGUGCGUGUGCCGCUCACGUGGCACAAGUGCACGGGCCCGGCAAGUUCAAGUGCAAACUUUGCAGGGACGUGCUGCAUACUAUUGACGAGAGGAAGCUACACUAUCUACUGCGGCACCCGGGCAGACAUCCGUACGAGUGCUCGGAGUGCGGCAAGUCGUUCCAGUACAAGUCCUCGCUUUACAUGCAUCGACAGGACCAUUUCCCCAAUAAGCAGAGUUUCACCUGCAAUUACUGUGGAAAGGUGUUCAGGAAGAAGGACUCGUACCGCGAGCACGUGCAGAUCCACGAGGGCCCGCGGCACGCGUGCUCGUACUGCCCCAUGCGCUUCGUGCAGCGCUCCAACAUGCUGCGCCACGAGCGCCGCCACACGGGCGAGCGGCCCUACGCCUGCCCGCACUGCCCGCGCACCUUCGCCGACAAGGGCGCCUGCAACUCGCACGUCAGGACACAUUCCAAAGAAACCUCAUUUGCUUGCGUUUACUGUGGGCAAACAUUCGUACAAAAGUCGAAGCUCACCUAUCACAUAAGAAAACACACCGGAGAGAAUUUGGAGACUUGCCCAGUAUGCUCGAAAUUAUUCACCAGUGCUUGCGCUUUACGUGAACACAUGAAAAUCCACGUCGCAAAGAAACAAUUAGUAAAAUGUCCCUUAUGUGAGAAGCGGUACCAGGACGAGCGCUACAUGCUGCGGCACCUGCGCACGACACACACGGGCUCGCAGCACGCCUGCCCGCUGUGCCACAAGCUGCUCACCAGCGCGCCCGGCCUGCGCCACCACCUGCUCACGCAUAGCGCCACCAACCUCUUCCACUGCAAAUGCUGCAAGAAAUCCUACGCCAUCAAGAGGACUAUGAUAAAACACCUCCGCAGGCGUCAUGGAUUAAAAGGAACAGAGAUCAAUAUAAAAGAUUUCUUCAAGAAGCUCGAUCCACGAGAAUGUCAACUGGGAUUGGAUGAAGAAACGAUGACCAGUAUUUUUGGACCGCCUAAGAAAAUAAUGACCGAUAUCCUUAUAGGAGAUUAUGUGACUAUCACUAAUAACUUUAAUAGUAACAAAAGAGGUAAUCAGAUUACCGAAGGAGAUGGAGAAGACGAACAAUCUGCAGAAGAGAUUGAAUGUAAAUACAACAUAGAGAACAGCAAUGAGAGCAACGCAGACGAAACUAACAAAGAGAUAGAAAAUGUAUGCAUAAAACAAGAGCCUAUGACGACGGAAGUUGAAUUGGAACCGACCGAUUUUGUUAGUGUCAAAAUUGAACCUUAUGACGAAAAUGAUUCCAGCUAA